CUAGCCUGCAAGUAAAAACAAAUAUUCUUUUAACUAAUACAUAUCUGACAAAUAGAAGCCAAAUAUCAGUGCAUAUAUUUUUUGGAACACAUGCGUUUUUUUCUGGGUUGUUUGGUUCCAGCUAAAAUAAGCGACUUGAUUUUCUGACCUGAGGGUGACGAAUCGUCAUGGGAAAAAGCUGUAAAGUGGUGGUGUGUGGCCAAGCUGCUGUUGGUAAAACGGCUGUCUUGGAACAACUACUGUAUGCCAAUCAUGUUGCAGGUUCAGAGCCCAUGGAGACUCUGGAGGAUAUCUACAUCGGCUCCAUAGAAACCGACCGCGGCACACGAGAGCAGGUGCGCUUCUACGACACCCGCGGACUCCGGGAGGGGAUGGAGUUUCCUCGACAUUACUACACUUUUGCGGACGGCUUUGUGCUUGUUUACAGCAUCGAUAGUAAAGAGUCCUUUAAGCGGAUGGAGAUCCUCAAGAAGGACAUCGACCGUCACAGAGACAAGAAAGAGGUGACCAUUGUUGUGCUGGGUAACAAGCUGGACAAGCAGGAAGAGAGGAGAGUUGACUCGAAUAUGGCCCAGAACUGGGCUAAGAAUGAGAAGGUGCGUCUGUGGGAGGUGUCGGUGGUGGAACGGCGCACGCUCAUCGAACCUUUUGUCUACCUGGCCAGCAAAAUGACCCAGCCACAGAGCAAGUCCACCUUCCCUCUGAGCCGCAAUAAGAAUAAGGGCGGUGGUUCUGCAGACACCUGAGUGAUGAGGCAUCGAUGUCCCGUUUGAUAGGGAGGAAAAAGGGAGAAGACGUGUGUGAAAGGGAAUUUUGUUUUGGUCUUUUUUAAUCAGUUUUGGUUUAUUGAAGGAUUUGAGGAAGUGAAAGUUAGAUUUGAUAGUGUUGGCCAGUGGUAAUGAGAGAAAAAGGCAGGAUGAUUGUAUUUAUAUGCAGAGAGCACUGUUUGGAUUUAAUUCAUGUUGAGGUUUGGAUGAAAUACUCACUGUAUAUUUAAUUAGGACUGAAAAUUCUGAUCUUUAAAUGUUCUUUUUUGCCCUUUCAUUGAAGAAAUUAACGAAUCCAAGCUGUUUUUCUUUUUCAUUCCCAUUCAUUUUUGUUUGGAUUAUGGUGAAACUAUUCAUCCAAAUUCCUUAUGAUAAAUUCUGCUGAUUUAUAAUCUGACAAUCAACACUUGAAUCUCAGAGUUUUACAUUAUCAGGAAUUAAUGGCGCUCACUGCAUAGAUAAAUUAGGAACUAGCACACGUGUCCACAGGCUACUGAUUUAUAUACAUGCACAAAACAUGUAUACACAGACUGAAUCACACAUGGCAGCAGUUACAAAUGUUACCUUAUUAUUGCAAAUUAUUGUGUGUAAAAGUUAGGUGAAGGGAUUUUAUUAUUGCAUUAUUGAUGAUGUACAGUAAAUGUGAUGUUUAUUGAUGUGGAGAUUCGUUACACUACAUAUCUUCUGUGCCGAGAUUCACUGUUUGAUGUUGUAGAGUGAAUGAUUGACAUUCCUUACCGUAAAUGGCCUUCUGUACAGGUUUUAGGAGAGUGAAAAUAUAACUGAAAGAUGUUCAUGUGAACAGUGGUUUCUGCAGGCUCAGGUGCUACUUUUUUUUCUGUUGCUACACAUAAAAAGCCUACAGUACAAUUCAUACAGUAAAAUGUCCUAUUAUUAACAACACAUCUCAGUAUAUUAUUAGUUUAAGUCACUGCUGAAGUUGAAGCCUUUUUUUUUUUUUUUACCAAGCUCUGAAAUUAAAACCCAUAUGAUAAAAUUAGAUGAUCAUUGAACUGUGUAGCUUUAUUCAGGUAAAAUGUGUGCAGCUUUUCAUUGUUUGUUUCAUUCAAAAAAAGUUGGACACUCAGUAUUCUUAUUCACCUUUUCUGUGAAUAUCAAGCAUUUAUGUAACAAUAUCCUUAAAUUGUGUUCACUUGAUAUUUGUUUGCAUGUUUUGUAAACAAAUUAAACGUUUUUUUCUGUGCCUAAGCAGAAUUGGUGGUGCUAAAUUUAUUGACGUAAUUUUGUGUCAUCAUGGAAAUUAUUUGACAUUUGAAAUGUUCAUGUAUCAUGAAAGCACUUCACUCAGCAUUGUGACCUGAAGAGGAGGCUGACCUUUCUCCGCAUUGUGACUUGUAAUCUUCUCAAAAGCAAAGUGCAAGUUAAAAUUGGAGUGUAAUGGCAAAAUAGCUCACAUAUGCAGUGUAA